GGCCGCGCUCCCCGGGCCCGGAGCGGCCCUCGGAGCCGGCGGCGGGAGCCAUGGCCGAUGAUCGGGAGCUGCGCGUUCGCUUCGUCGAUCCGGAGGAGGCCGAGCCGGAGGCGGGGGCGGCUGGAGGCGGACGGUGCUGCGGGCGAGGCGCGGACGGGGCCGCGCUGCGCUGGUGCAUCAGCGGGGUCCUCUGCGCCUCCUUCCUGGGGCUGGGGAUGAGCAUCGCGAUACUGGGUCCCACCUUCCCCAACCUGGCGGCCAAUGUCGGCAAGAACGUCAGCGACAUCUACUACAUCUUCGUGGGGCGGUCGCUGGGCUCCCUGGCCGGGUCGGUGGUCGGUGGGGUGCUCUUCGACUGCAUGAACGCCUCUCUGCUGCUCGCCUUUUCCAUGCUUGGAACAGCAGCUGGUCUUUAUGGGAUACCCUGGUGUAACGAAUCUCUGCUAUUAACAACCUUGAUGUCGAUUAUUGGAGGUUCUAUGGGAAUUCUGGACACAGGUGGCAACGUACUGGCACUGAAUACCUGGGGAUCAGAGGCUGGGCCACACAUGCAGGCUUUGCACUUCAGUUUUGCUGCUGGUGCAUUUCUGGCUCCGAUCCUGGCUAAAAUGGCCUUGGGGGGUUCUGAAUCUAAAGAACUUGCAGGGGCUGAAAAGACAAACCAGUCUGUCCUGAAUUCUGUGCUGACAGCAUCAGCUGCAUCAACUACACCAGCACCAAAAGACCAUCAAGACAAAGACUUUUUGUGGUCCUAUAUUAUCAUAGGGACCUAUAUUCUCUUCAUUUCCAUCUUCUUUUUUGUUUUGUAUUCAAAGACCAACUCAGGCAGAGACAAAUCAAAAGCUUCUGCGCAGAAGGGCAAGCUUGCCAAAUACCACUGGCCUCUAAUUGUUCUUAUGUUUGUAUUCUUCUUCUUCUAUGUGGGAGCAGAGGUCACUUAUGGCUCUUAUGUAUUUACUUAUGCAAUGGACUUUGUUGAGAUGAUGGAAAGCGAAGCAGCUGCUUUGAAUUCUGUCUUCUGGGGGGCGUUUGCCGUGUGCAGAGGAGCAGCAAUAUUCGGUGCUGCUUUCCUGUCCCCUCUCACCAUGAUUGUGAUAAGUCUCGUAUGCUCUGCUGCCUCCUCGACAGCCCUGGCCUUCUUUACACACAACCAAGCCUUGCUGUGGGUGGGAACUGCCGUGUAUGGAGCAUCCAUGGCCACCAUCUUCCCCAGCGGCAUUUCCUGGAUAGAGCAGUACACGGUUAUUGAAGGGAAAUCGGCUUCUCUGUUUGUGGUGGGCGCGGCGCUGGGCGAGAUGUGCAUUCCCGUCGCCGUGGGCUAUCUCCAAGGCAGGUUCCACGACAUUCCUAUCAUUAUGUACACUGCCUUUGCCACUUCCGUGAUGACAGUCCUCCUCUUCCCCGUGAUGUACAAACUGGCCAACGCUCCCCAGGAGAAUGACAUGAAAGUGGUGAGUGAGAGCGAGACCCGGAAAGCUUUGCUGUCAAACUCCAGGCUUACUGAGGAUGAGGAGGAUGAGGAGGAAGUGAGAGAGUGGAACGAUGCAGACUUUGAGAUAAUAGAAAUGAAUGACAAGCUGAAAAACUCUCUGACAGACACCUCCCGUAGGAUACCAGGGGACUCUUCAGCUGAAGCUUCUUUCCAGCCCCAUCCCGACGGUAUACUGGGUGAUCCAGUGGUUGCUAGUGGCUCCCCUGAGAGACAAAAUGGGAAUGUUGACUGGGAUAAGAGUGAAUAGAUUCAAAGCAGACUUUUUUUUAAAAUGGAAAUGCAAUUGAAUUGUAACUGUUGUCAAGUGAUUUGGGAAUCCUUUCACAGUGGUGCAGAGCUCAGCAUGUUCAUUUGCUCAGCCCUUUCUCCUCUUUCAUUUUCAGCCUGCAGGGAUGUGUCUUGGAGUGAGAAGGUCCUCAGUGGUGUGAACAGGGCAACGUCAUAAAUGUUUUGCUAUGCAUAAACUGUUAAAACAUAAGAGAUGUUUUCUAAAUGUGAGUUAUGCAUCCAAGGAAGAGAUGCUGUAAUAACUGGGGAAGAAAGGGACUGCUCAGACUACUCAGUUUCUUGAGGUGGGUGAAAGGUGCAGGUCUGAGGUGCUUUGCCACAAAAUGGUUUCAUGAGAGAGGAGACAGAUCUGUUAUGGGUAAUGCUGAACUUUCUUACCUUGUGAAGGAGGAAUGUUUUUACUGCGUUUGAAAGUUGAAUGUGAUCAGAUCAGUUAAAAUUUCUGGUGACGCCCAGCAGCUGUAAAUUGAAUAACCUUUUGGCAAACUAUAGAAAUUUUUGGUUCUGAGACAAAGACAAGAAAAAAAAUGGAAAUUAUUUCUUGGGAAUGAAACCAUGCCUUUGGGUGAUUUAAAAGCAGUUUAUGAGAAAAGGCACAAAAUGGGUCAUGUUUUAGCUGCUCAAAUGCAUAACUCCGACCUACUAAACGGUGGCAACAAAUUUAAAUAAUCAAAAUAUUUGUGAUUUUAAGUAUGGCACUACCACUGAAAUCAACAAAUGUAUGCAGAUGUAAAAUUAUCAUGUAAUUUUUGAAUGGCUUGGGUUGGAAGGGACCUUUUAAAG